CAGCUGAAGCUUCAACUCCUCACCGCGCACGUUUUUUCUUUUCUUUCUUUCUCAAUGGACAUCACGGCGGUGACGGGGGGCUCGCUCGGUCUCCGUUUGAGUUCCCUUUGACAAAACUCCACCCCUUUCGCUUUUUUUUUUCCGGUGCACAUUUACGUCUAAUUUGCGCUGGCGUUGGAUUACGACUCCUCCGUGGCUCGGGACGGAUUUACCUGAGAGCUCCUCAGUCUUAGUGGUGAAUGGAGGAGAAGAUGCGCCUUUCAGAUGUCGCGGACGUCCGUCGACCAGGAGGUCCACAAGGCUAUUCAGUAAUCUCUCGCAAAGGUCCUCUAUGAACGUGAGGAGUACUUGGGGGCGUUUAAUCCGAUCCAGGACACCAGCAGGAUGUCUCAGGUCUUUGUUCUUACCCUUCUAGCUUUCUCAGUCAACAUUCAGAGAUUAUCGGCUGAAAUUAUGGAGCAUCUGCUGGAGAAUUGGAAAGCCUACAGUCAGCAGUGCGAACACAAAAUGAAAACGGACCCUCCAUCUGCAGGUCUGGUGUGCAACAGAACAUUUGACAGAUAUGCUUGUUGGCCUGACGGUCUGCCAAAUACCAUUGUUAAUGUCUCCUGUCCUGAUUAUCUCCCUUGGCACAACAAAGUCAAAGAUGGACUUGUGUUCCUGAAAUGCGAGGCCAACGGGACGUGGCUUAAAGGCGACAAAGGGCAGCUACUGAAGAACGCCAGCCAGUGUGAGGUUUACGACCAAGAGCAGGAGAAGAUUGGGAGGACACUGACCACGCUGAACAUUGUGUACACUGUCGGCUACUCUCUGUCAUUGGCAGUGCUUAGUUUGGCUCUGGCGAUUCUCAUUGGCUUCAGGAAGUUGCACUGUAUGAGGAAUUACAUCCACAUGAACCUCUUUGCAUCUUUCAUCUUACGGGCCGUCUCCAUCUUGAUCAAAGACGCUUUAAUGAACAUCGGCGUGUUUGAUCGGCAGAAGGACAUCCCGGCCCAGUUGAAUGCCGCCAAUGAGAGUUACAUCGGCUGUAAGAUCGCCAUGGUGUUAAUCCACUACAGCAUGAUAUCCAGCUUCAACUGGCUGCUGGUCGAGGGCCUCUACCUGCUCAACCUGCUUGUGCUGACUGUGUUCACGGAGAGAAAAGUUAUUUUAAAAUGUACCUGGUGUAUUGGCUGGGGAGCUCCACUUCUCUUUACAGUGCCAUGGGUGAUAGUCAAGUACCUCUAUGAAGACAAAGAAUGCUGGGGAAGAAAUGAAAAUAUGGCAUACUGGUGGAUCAUUCGCGUCCCAAUUGUUCUCGCCAUCGUGAUAAAUUUUUUUAUUUUUUCCCGUGUUAUAAUGAUACUUGUGUCCAAGCUGAGAGCUCACCAGAUGGGAUACACAGAUUACAAAUUUCGGUUAGCCAAGUCCACUCUGACCCUCAUUCCGCUGCUGGGGAUGCACAAAGUUGUGUUUAUUGCCGUGACUGAUGAAAAUGCCCAUGGCACCUUGCGCUACAUCAGAUUGUUUUACCUGCUUUUCUUCAACUCAAUUCAGGGUUUGCUGGUUUCGAUUUUGUACUGUUUUGUCAAUAAAGAGGUACAGUCCGAGCUUGUGAAGCGCUGGAAGCGCUGGAAACUGGGCAAGGACAUCGAUGAGGAGUACCGGCACACGUACAGUCAGAGCGGGCAGGGCAAAACCGGGAGCAGCACGAUGACCCCGUACAUCGAGAAGCACAAGCUCGUCGGCAGCUACCAGAACGGCUCAGGGAGGAAGGACAGCAGCCUGCAGCCGGCUGCCCCGCAGACUUUUCCCAGCUGCCCUGAAAGCGGCUGCUCUCGAGGCGGCGAGCCGAUGAACCUCAGUGCGCAGAUGCACUGCUACGAGUUUCCACAGGAGACGUCCGAGAGCAGCUUCUGAGAGGCUGGCGAGAGCCCUGGACACUCCCCCCCCAUAUAAACCCCCAUCCCCGACCAGGGGCGGACCUCCUGUCCGCCUGCAGACGCCGUGCAGAAUUGCAGUAACUGUUGUCGAUGUCGCAAGUGAAAGUGCUGCGCAGUCCAUCUGCAACCAUCACCGCUUCCGUAAUGGUGACUCUCCCAUGGUUUCUAAGCUAUGGCAGUCAUAUGCUUGGCAGCAGCUUUGUCUUUUCAGGAAAAAAAAAAAAGAGGUUCACAUUUUUUUUUACAUAGAAACUAUUUCUUAAAAAAAAAAAUUGAAAUAUCACUUGCAGCAUUCAUUUUGCUUACUGUGAACAAAUAUGGUGGUGUAUUGACGUACUCGAGCAGCCACUGCUCUCCGUUUUCUUUUUUUUAUGUCCGUUGGUGUGCUGUUGAUGUCUGGUACUCACUGAGUGUCCACCGGCUCAGGUUACAAAGCGUUUAGAAAUGAGGGCGAGAUCUGCAACACUCGGUCACAUGGAUGAUAGACAGGCGAGGCGAGGCGACUGCGUACUGCGUUCCUCGUUUGUAAUCCACGGGCUAGUAAGGCCAGCAACGGGGAAAACGAGCAGCGGCGUGACAGUUUUAGACAUUUCUACUCUGCCAUCCAUGAGGAUUCUUGAAAGGACGCCUCAAGUUCAGCUGUCAUUGGGCAUAAAACGGAAUGAGCCGCCACACCCUAAGGCAAUACGUAUGUAGCGCCUGUCAUCAACGCCUUGGCCAAGCAUUCAGUUGCAUAGAAAUACCAAAGGGUUAGGGUUAGGAUUAGGGUUGGGGUUACAAUCUUGGAGAUUUUCGAUCUUCAAGACAUCAAGCUAACUCUGAUUGUUCAGGUAGUCGGGACUCCUCUUAACGCUUGAUUUCUCCGCUGUAAGAAGAUGGAAAGGCACCUUUUACGUGGGGGCACAAACAUAACUCUAAUGGAUUUUUGUUUUUAGCACGCUAUGGCCGAACGGAUAAAAUGUUGGGACACCAACCAGUUUGUCCUGUUUAAUUCUUUUUUAACAGCAAAACAAAAUAAACGUACGAUGGCACAGCAAAACAUGGCACAUGGGACGUAGGCUUCUCCUUGGUUGAGCGGGUCCCUGCUUCUCGUGGAGCUGUGUCCUUUAGGGUAGCUCGACUCAAAGUGAGGCACCUCCUUCCAGGGAUGCCCGGCUUUAGAGGACCUGGCUUGAAAGGGGUGGAGUCAGUUGCCCUCACUGAGCAUCUUCUGGGGACUGUGGGAGUAGAGACAGGUGAUAAGGUUAGCGACAGCACCCUCUCUUGCUUUGGGGUGGUAUUACGUACCUCAGCUGAGCAACCCACUUCCAUGAGGGCAUGAUGGUGUUCAUUUACACCGGGUGGAUGCACAACCCACUCGGCUUUGGAUUUGAUAGUUUCGUAUUAGUGGGACUCAGUGCAAAGCAAACCGUUUACGAGAACUUGAAGUAGGCUGGCACCCACUGAGACUUCAUACCAACACUUCCUCGUUCUGCCCUUAGGAGUAGCAGCGAUUUCAGUUUUCCAGCAUGUGCCAACACUGCACCCAGCUACCAAUCCAUACACCUUUCAACAAGCUUUUGCACUUCCAAGGGGCCAUUGAACCUCCAAGGGACAAGCACCCCC